UAUAUUUUUCAUUCCAGAAGCUUGCAUGAAGAAAGCUGUGUGUGUAUAAACAAAGAUGUGAGAAAGAACCAGUCAGUCAACCAGGUUAACUCGGGCCGUAACAGCCUGAAGCAAUGAUGUCUUAUUUGGUUUUGAUGAAUCUCUUUCUGAUGGUCUCUUGGUUGAAGGAAGUGACUGAAGCCACUCUGACAAAACCUAGCUUUCCAGAAUCCACGGCUCCAGGAGACAUCAUCAUCGGAGGGCUUUUUCCCAUCCAUGAGGUGGUGGAGGAUAUCAACAUGAACGUAUACAGCAUCUCACCACCCCAGCGUUCUAACUGCAGCAGACUUUACGCAAGAGGUCUAACUCAGCCCUUAGUUAUGAUUCAUGCUGUGGAAGUUGCCAACAGAUCGCCUAUGUUGAGAAAUUUGAACAUUACUCUUGGAUACCGCAUUCAAGACACAUGUUCUGAUGUUACCACUGCACUUUGGGCCGUCCAGGAUUUUACACGGUCAUCCUCAGCCUGUGAUGUAGCGACAAACUCUUCUCUAGAUGCCAAACCCACCAUGGCUAUAAUUGGGACCUCUUCUUCUGAAAUCUCCAUUGCUGUUGCCAGGGAACUUAACCUUCUACUAAUUCCACAGAUUAGUUACGCAUCGACAGCCAUCAUUCUGAGCGACAAAAGUCGUUUUCCUGCUUUCAUGAGGACUGUCCCCAGUGAUGAGUACCAGACCAGGGCCAUGGUCAAACUGUUGAAGGACAGGAAAUGGAACUGGGUUGGAAUUAUUACUACAGACGGAGACUACGGGCGUUCUGCUAUGGAAAGCUUUGUUGCCCAGGCCGCACAGGAGGGAAUUUGCGUUGCUUUCAAGCAAAUCCUACCCGACUCGCUUGCGGAUAAACAAAAACUUAACACCUCGAUCAACAAGACGGUGAACACCAUUGUCAAUAACCCUAAAGUUAAAGUGGUGGUCUCCUUUGCUAAAUCUUCUCAAAUGAAAGACUUAUUCAAGGGUUUGUAUGGUAAAGUUUUUGAUAGGAGGGUGUGGGUGGCCAGCGAUAAUUGGUCGACUGCUACAAAUAUUCUUGAAGAAGUGAAUCUCACAGAUAUCGGAGAUGUACUUGGGUUUACCUUCAAGAGUGGAAAUGUUACAUCGUUCAAACAGUUUCUUAAGGAUUUACAGUUUGAGGAUGAAGAAAUUAUGCAUUCACUUCUGAAAGAGUUUUUAAAAGAUCCGAAUGUAGGAAAUAUUACAGUGGCCGUACAGAAACUCCUAGAAAAUACUAAUCCGGAGAUAGUUUUUAGCAUUCAGCUGGCUGUCACUGUUGUUGCAAAAGCUGUGGCUGAACUAUGUGGGAAACGCCAAUGCAAGAAUGCAACAGAUAUCUAUCCCUGGCAGUUCCUUGAACAGAUGAAAAACAUCACCAUUGAGAUGGAGGGGGUGAAUUACAAGUUCAGUACAAGCGGCGAGAUUAAUUUGGGAUAUGAUGUCUUGUUGUGGCAAAAAAAUGAAUUGAAAACUGUUAAAAUUGCUGAAUACGAUAUAAUCACUGCCAGUUUCACCUAUAUACACCAGAAUCUAAGUGCUUUUGAGAAUGUGAUAUCAAAAUGCUCAAACAGCUGUCAGCCAGGGGAGAUUAAGAAGACAGCCGAAGGUCAACACACUUGCUGUUACGAAUGCAUCAGUUGCUCAGAAAACUAUUACUCCAACAACACAGACAUGGUCCAGUGCUACUCAUGUAAAACAGACGAGUGGUCAGACCCUCGAAGCUCCAAGUGUAACCCCAAGACUUAUGAGUACUUUGAGUGGAAUAGUGGGUUAGCUAUAGUGCUCUUAACCUUGGCUGCUUUGGGCGUCCUCUUCCUCUUCUUGAUCUCUGCAAUCUUCAUCUAUCAGAGGAACUCUCCUGUGGUAAAGGCAGCAGGUGGACCUCUCUGUCAUCUGAUUCUUGUUUCCCUUCUGGGAAGUUUCGUCAGCGUUGUCUUCUUUGUGGGUGAACCGUGCAACAUGACGUGUAAGGUGAGGCAGGUGGUCUUCGGCCUGAGCUUCACGCUCUGUGUCUCAUGCAUUUUGGUCAAGUCUUUGAAGAUCCUUCUGGCUUUUCAAAUGAACUUGGAGUUAAGGGAGCAUCCGACCAGUCUUUACAAGCCGUACGUGAUCAUCUGUGUCUGCACGGGGGUGCAGGUCAUCAUUUGCACCGUUUGGCUGACCUUGCACAGCCCUUAUAAAGACAAGGUGCCUAACCCCAAAGUCAUUCUGAUAAAGUGUAACGAGGGCUCAGACGUGGCAUUUGGGGUCAUGCUGGCAUACAUCAUUUUAUUGGCACUAGUGUGUUUCAGUUUCGCUUACAAAGGCAGGAAACUUCCGCAGAAAUACAACGAAGCAAAGUUCAUUACGUUCGGUAUGCUCAUUUAUCUCAUGGCCUGUGUUAUUUUUAUACCUGUGCACGUUACCACAAGUGGCAAAUACUUACCAGCUGUGGAGAUGGUGGUUAUUCUUAUAUCCAACUAUGGAAUAUUGAGCUGCCACUUCUUGCCGAAAUGUUACAUAAUCAUUUUUAAAAAAGAGCACAAUACCAGAGAUGCUUUUCUGAAAAAUGUAUACGAAUAUUCCUGCAGAAGUGCUGAAAACAUCAGGGGUUUAAGUGAAACUAAGCCAGUCUAUAUCAUAUCCAAUUCUCAACUUGUAGCUGCUGACAAUGAACCUCAUGUUUCUGCACAAAAAGAAAAACAAACAGUGACUUAAAUGUAAACAAUGCCAGGAAUAAAAAGAUCGGCGGUCCACCAUCAGAUAUAAAAUAUGAGAUGUUGGCAUCUAGAUCAAGAAAAGACUAUGAUCCCAUACGGUUGAUGUUUAAUAUGAAUAAUGCAAAAAAAUCAUUGCUUUGUGUGUUUAUACUGUAUAUAAUAACUGUUUUAAUUUUAGUAUAGCUAAAUAAAUGUUUAAAAACACUGAAUCACAACCUGUCAUAUUCCGUCAUUAAACUAAACCUUGUUGUUAUUUGAAGCUGUAUUAAUUAAAACCAUUUAAAUAAUUCUUACCAUGUAUGUGAAAUCCAGGCUAAAGUCUCAUAAUCCAAAUAUGAGAUUAGAGUUUGAUUUCCAUCAUUGAUUUCACAUUUCAAUUUUCGACAUAGCGUUACUCAGUCAAUAUAAAAGAUAUGAAGGUUAUAUUUCCUCAGAAUUUUCUUUACAUUAUGCAUGAUGAUUUUAUGUA